AUGAUAAAAGAUGCGUUAGGUGAUGAUACAACUGACACAGGAUUCCGCUCUAACAAUGGGACAGAGGAGAAAGCCUGGGGAGACAUUUUCAGAAACGCUUCAUCGGCUUGUUUUCAGGAUGUUGCACGAACCGUUCAAGCAUUUAUCGACGAAGAGUCAUGGGCGGUCGAAAUGCUAGACGCGUGGGGUAAGCCCGGACCCUCCCUCACAAGGGGGCGUUUCCAGUUUGUGGGUAACUACGACCAGUGUAGAGACGCCAGGGCCCCGCCCCUUCCGGGAGAAGAAAGGCAAGGCUUUUACGGCCGCUAUUGUGUUCUCGGGCUGAAUUAUGGACAAGAGUCUACAUCUUCUACAGGUGGGAUCCCAGCGUCCAUAAAGAACUUGCAGAUUGGCAGCUGUAUACCAGACACGUGCAACGAGCAGGAACUCACACAGCUCGUCACACAUGCUCUGGAGAUGGUCAACAUGACGUCACAGCUGUCCCCCGGUCCGAUGGAGUGCCGUGAUGACCACAGGGGAGGCUCAACCUUCACCACUCUGGCUGCAAAUCAUCCUGCAGGUCCUGCGCUCUUUCUCCGUCUACUCCAACACCCAGAAAAUCCUGUCUACCAAAGAGGCCCCUGGCGUCAUCGGCUGUAUUCAUGGACUCCGCUUCUUCAGUAUGACGUGGAUCAUGCUGCUUCAUCUUUACCUGGCGUUUGGGCGUUAUCUAGGGGUUUCCUCGUGUCGUACCUCAAGCUGAAACCGUGGAUGGAGAAAGGAAGGAGAGUCAACUGGCGUCUGUUCUACUUUCAUCGUAUCUGGAGGCUGACACCCCCAAAUCUGCUGACCCUCGUCUUCUUCACUGGCUUUCUCAAGUUCUUCGGCUCUGGCGAGACUUGGUUCAGUACCAUGCCUGUAGAUGAGUGUAUGGGGCAGACUUGGUACCUGGCUACUGACAUGCAGUUCUACUUGGUCAGCCCUCUCCUGUUUGUUCCAUUCUACUACAAUAUGUACGCAGGCCUAGCAGUGUGUGGGACGGUUCUGUUGUCCAGCUGGAUAGUGACUGGUGUCCUCAGCUUGAAUAGAGGUUGGGUGGCUUCGGACUUUGCCAUGGGUCACACCAACCCACAAGCGGACAGAUUUACAGACUACUACUUAGCUCCCAACACCAGAGUAGGACCCUUUGUCAUCGGAAUUUUGGCCGGCUACCUCAUGGCGCGACACGGCGGCCAGAUCGCCAUUCAGUGGUACGUGGUGGUCAUUGGCUGGGCCGUUGCCGUGGCAACCGGCCUCGCGGUUGUUUACGGUAUCCAUGGCGACAUAACUGCUAAGGACCCCAGCUCUACAGAAGUUGCUGCUCUCUACAACGCUUUGUCCAAGUCGGUGUGGGCUGUCGCCAUCAGCUGGGUCGUCAUUGCCUGUGCUUCGGGAUACGGAGGUCCUGUGAACUGGCUCCUGUCGUGGAAACCGUUGAUCGUGCUGAGUCGUCUGUCCUAUCUCGGCUACCUGAUCCACCCGUACAUCAUGUACAUCUACUUUGGCAACCAGGGAGCUGCCUUCUUGCUCAACGACUCCAACAUGGAAAUGAAGAAACUGAAGCCUCGCAAAUCCCCAUGACCAGAUAAGAUCCACCAUGAAAGGCUUGUCAACCUCAAUCCCGCUGGAAAGGGUACUUUUCUCUAGCUAAUCAGCAAGACGUGGAAUAAAAACAAAUUCCCCAAAGCAUGGAAAAACGCCACCAUCAUCCCUAUUCUUAAAAGAAAAGAAAACCCGCUGAAGAAAUGAAAAGCUAUCGACUCAUUUCACUCACCUCAUGCAUCAGAAAACUAGCAGAGAGGAUGAUAAACCACCGCCUAUACUGGUGGUUGGAAAUAACCGGUGCCUUGGACAGCAACCAAGCAGGAUUUCGUGCGGGCCAGCGAGCAGAUGACCAGCUCUUCAGGCUCAGUCAGAAAGUCCUUGAUGGCUUCCAGGAAAAGAAUCAUACAGUUGCAGUUGCAGUAUUCGUUGAUCUCCAACAAUCUUACGACAGGGUAUGGAGAAAAGGCCUCCUGUGGAAGAUGACACAGACAGGAAUCCACGAGAAACUCUACAGAUGAAUAAAGACGUUCCUAAUUGACAGGACAAUCCAGACCCAGAUGAACAAUGGUGUGUCCUCCAAAGCUGUAUUGGAGGAGGGCCUACCCCAGGGUUCCUCUCUGAGCUGCAUAAUCUUCCUUGUUUUCAUCAAUGACCUGCCUGAGAUACUAAAAUCGGAGAAGGCCCUAUAUGCAGAUGACCUAGCCAUAUGGCAUUCAAGUAAAUAAACUGGCAUCAGUGCACGACUUAUAAAUGAGGACCUAGAUAGAUUUGACAACUACUGCUGCAAGUGGAAACUAAAAGCAAAUUGUACCAAGACAAUUUACACCGUCUUUACGAAAAGUCACAAGGUGGCAAAGCAAAAUCUCACCAUCUCACUUGAAGGAACUAAACUCGAAAACGUUGGAAAUCCAACUUACCUUGGGAUAGAACUGGACAGACAGUUUCCAUGCAAAAACCAUAUCUGGAACCUGAAGGCUAAGGCCAACAAGAGACAUAACCUUCUCAGACAGCUGGUUAGCACUUCAAGGGGAACAGUUAAGGAUGUACUCAGACAGUUAUAUUUUGCUAUGUACGCUCUACCAUGGAAUAUAACAUAACCACACAGAUAAUCUGAAGCAAACCAACUCAGAGGUUUGUUGACAAAUUUUAGAAUGAAGCUGUACGAUCCAUUUCAGGAGAUUUGAGAUCCACUCCAACUGCAGCUUGCGAAAUCCACACAAACCUGGAACCUUUGGAUCUGCGGAGAGAGGCAUCAGUUGUGGAGAUGAGUGAGCGCUAAAAGAGACUGGACAAAAACCACACAAACAGAAAGAUCGUUGAACAGAGAUGACCAAAGAAACGAAUCCAUGGAAGAUCAAUGCUCGACACAGCUACCGAAUCAGUAGAAAAACACCACCUUCCAUUUAACUGAGAAAUGUUGAAACCCGUAAGACCAGAACCCCACCAAACACCAAUACCAAGAACGCCAACAUCAAACCUUCCCUCAUAAAGGAGACAGAGUCUUGACGCCGAGACACUUAUUACAGCUUCCUUUGUAAAGCUAACAGUACUAUCCAAUACAACAAGAUGAAGGGACUAGAGUGACUAGACAUAAGGCAGUGGAAAAGGAACUCUGUUGGAUUUUUUAAAGUUGAAGGUCAACAUGAAAACACAAAAUCAUAGAUAAAAUUGAAAAUCGAAAUUCCUUAUAUCUGAUACCUGAGUAUACCCUUCCUUAACCUCCACUUUGCAAAACGCUUUGUAAAAUUUUUUAUUUACCUGUCUUAUCACAAUAAAACUGUGAAGAAAAGUUA